GGAAGUAAAACGCCACAAAUAAACACGAGUCCAAUUUGUUCUUCCCUCCUUAUUUCUCCUUUCACACAGCAGACCAGAGAGGCAGAGACAGUGGUUUAUAGCCGCGGCGGAACCCUAACAAACAAACAUCAGCGAUGGUGAAGGUACGGAUGAACACGGCGGAUGUCGCCGCCGAGGUGAAGUGCCUGAGAAGGCUAAUCGGAAUGCGAUGCUCAAACGUCUAUGAUCUCACUCCCAAGACCUACGUUUUCAAGCUCAUGAACAGUAGCGGAGUCACCGAAUCCGGUGAGAGCGAGAAGGUUCUUCUCCUCAUCGAAAGUGGUGCUAGAUUGCAUACUACUAUCUAUAUGCGUGAUAAGAGCAACACCCCUUCUGGUUUUACUCUCAAAUUGAGGAAGCAUAUUCGUACUAGAAGGCUUGAGGAUGUGCGUCAACUUGGGUAUGAUCGGAUUAUUGUGUUUCAAUUUGGACUGGGUGAGAAUGCAAACUAUGUUAUAUUGGAGCUAUACGCGCAAGGGAACAUCCUCCUCACGGAUUCUAAUUUUGUUGUCAUGACUCUACUUCGAUCUCACAGGGAUGAUGAUAAGGGGCUUGCAAUCAUGUCUCGCCAUCGUUAUCCUACAGAAAGUUGUCGAGUUUUUGAGCGGACUACUGUUGAGAAGUUGCUGACAGCCCUAACGUCUUCUAAGGAAGAUGACGCUGAUGAGGCUGUUAAGGUCGAUGCGAAUGGAUCUGACCUUUCUAGUGUAGCAAAAGAGAAGCAGGGAGCCCGCAAAGGUGGGAAGUCAUCUGCCACAUUGAAAACUGUCCUUGGGGAGGCACUUGGUUAUGGACCUGCACUUUCUGAACAUAUGAUAUUAGAUGCUGGCUUAAUUCCCACUGCAAAAGUUCCCAAAGAUAAAACGUGGGACGAUGCCACCAUUCAGGCUUUGGUCCAAGCUGUUGCAAAGUUUGAAGAUUGGAUGCAGGACAUUAUUUCAGGUGAAAUAGUUCCAGAAGGUUACAUUUUGAUGCAGAACAGAAAUUUGGGGAAGGAUUCUUCCAUAUCUCAAUCAGAAAGUGUUAGCCAGAUCUAUGAUGAGUUCUGCCCCAUCUUACUCAACCAGUUUAAGUCAAGGGAUCAUACAAAAUUUGAGACAUUUGAUGCAGCCUUGGAUGAGUUCUAUAGCAAAAUUGAGAGUCAAAGGUCUGAACAACAGCAGAAAGCCAAAGAAAACUCAGCUGCUAAUAAACUUAAUAAGAUACGUAAUGAUCAGGAAAACCGAGUGCACGCGUUGAGGAAAGAAGCUGAUCAUUGUGUUAAAAUGGCAGAAUUGAUAGAAUACAACUUAGAAGAUGUGGAUGCUGCUAUAUUAGCUGUUCGUGUAGCUCUUGCAAAGGGUAUGAACUGGGAUGACCUUGCUCGGAUGGUGAAGGAAGAAAAGAAAGCUGGAAACCCAGUAGCUGGUCUCAUUGACAAGCUCCAUCUUGAUAGAAAUUGCAUGACUUUGCUGUUAGCCAACAAUCUUGAUGAAAUGGAUGAUGAUGAGAAGACACUCCCUGUGGAUAAGGUCGAAGUUGAUUUAGCUCUCUCAGCACAUGCCAAUGCUCGGAGGUGGUAUGAACAGAAGAAAAAGCAGGAGAGCAAACAGGAAAAGACUAUAACUGCCCAUGAAAAGGCUUUUAAAGCUGCAGAGAGAAAGACGCGUCUACAACUUAGUCAGGAAAAAACUGUUGCCACAAUUUCACAUAUGCGCAAAGUUCACUGGUUUGAGAAAUUUAAUUGGUUCAUUAGCAGUGAGAAUUAUUUGGUUAUCAGCGGACGUGAUGCUCAGCAAAAUGAGAUGAUAGUGAAGCGUUAUAUGUCAAAAGGAGAUCUGUAUGUACAUGCUGAUCUGCAUGGAGCUUCUAGUACAGUUAUCAAGAAUCACAAGCCUGAGCAACCGGUUCCACCUCUCACCCUAAACCAAACAGGAUGUUUUACAGUCUGUCAUAGCCAGGCAUGGGACUCAAAAAUUGUUACUAGUGCCUGGUGGGUCUAUCCUCAUCAGGUUAGUAAAACUGCUCCUACAGGGGAAUAUCUGACAGUAGGUAGUUUCAUGAUCCGGGGAAAGAAAAAUUUUCUUCCACCACACCCUCUUAUCAUGGGUUUUGGCUUGCUAUUUCGCUUGGAUGAAAGUUCCUUGGGAUCACAUUUAAAUGAAAGGAGAGUAAGAGGAGAGGAGGAAACAAUAGAUGAUCAUGUAGAAGCUGACCCUCUUGAAGAAAUUUCUGAUUCAGAGUCUGAGAAGGAUACCGCUGAUGGAAAAUCUGCCGGAGGCUCAGAAAGAAAUGAUAAUUUAUCUGUGGAUUCACACAAAUCCCCAUCAGAAGUUUUUCAUGCAGACUCAUCUCAAGCUAGUUUGGCUACAGUUAAUACUGAAACAGAAGUUUCACGUGAUUUUCCUGUGAAAGAGACAAUUACAACAAAUAUAGGUGACGGGGAGGAAUUGUCUGACAUUAGUGGAAAUGGCUUAACAUCUGUCACUCCUCAACUUGAGGAACUCAUUGAUCGAGCUCUUGGACUUGGAUCUGUUGCUAAAUCAAGUACAAAUUAUGGAGUUGAGAACUCUCAGAUUGAUUCAGGCAGUGAGCAGCAUUUUGAACAGAACAAACCUUCUGUAAGGGAUAAACCAUAUAUAUCAAAAGCUGAGAGAAGAAAGGUUAAAAAAGAACAGAAAUAUGGAGAAGCAGAUUCAAGUGUUGAACAUGGAAAGGAUGAACCAAAACUAAAAGAUAUUUCUGCUAAUCUACCUGAAAAAGAAGUUCAAAAUUUGAACACAUGUGGUGGUAAAAAAACCAGCCGUGGACAGCGGGGCAAGCUUAAAAAGAUAAAAGAGAAGUAUGCUGACCAGGAUGAGGAAGAAAGGCGCAUUCGAAUGACAUUAUUGGCUUCUUCUGGAAAAGCAAUCAAGAAGGAAGAGACAUCAUCUGGAAACGAAGCAUUGGACAAAGGGAAAAAACCUAGCACUGGUCCUUCAGAUGCUCCAAAAAUAUGUUACAAGUGUAAGAAAGUAGGUCACCUGUCUCGGGAUUGUAAGGAGAAACUGUUACCUGGUCAUGCAAUAGAUGAAGCUGAACAAAAUCCCAACAUGAGUGCUUCUACUACUUCCCCAGCAGAUAGGGUGGCAAUGGAAGAAGAUGAUAUUAAUGAAAUAGGAGAAGAAGAGAAAGAAAAACUAAAUGACGUGGAUUACUUGACAGGGAUACCACUCCCUAAUGACAUUCUCUUGUAUGCUGUCCCUGUUUGUGCUCCAUACAAUGCAGUUCAGUCUUACAAAUACCGGGUGAAGAUAAUUCCUGGAACAGUGAAGAAAGGGAAAGCUGCAAAAACUGCAAUGAACCUAUUCAGCCACAUGCCAGAUGCAACAAACCGAGAGAAGGAGUUGAUGAAAGCAUGUACAGAUCCUGAACUUGUUGCUGCACUUGUUGGUAAUGUUAAGAUAUCAGCAGCUGGUCUUACUCAACUGAAGCAAAAGCAAAAGAAAGGGAAGAAGAGCAGCAAACAACAGAGUUAGCCAACCCUGCCCUGUGAAGGAUUUUUCCUUUUUUAAAGAGCUGACAGUUUUGUAUGUUGUAUAUCCUUCCAAGUUCCUACACUAUAGAGUAGCUUUUUUUUCCUGUAGAUCUUCUGGUUCUGGGUAAGUGGCUAAUCAGGAAAAAUGAGUAAGCCGGUGAAGUUUAAUACAUUACGGAGAAUUUACAAUCACUAGUUGAAAAUAGCAGUGUAAAAAGUUUAACGAGGUGAAAAUGACUUUUAAGUACUAUUUUACUAAGGAA